GUUUUCGUAUCUAUCUUUUUAUUUUUUUGUCAUAAACUUCUUUUGUAAUGAACACCAAUGACGACCGUUUGACAUUUCUAUUACCUCGCCCCGUCUGGGUAAACGAUAUGGAUGUGUCCUACUGUUCCUCUUGCAAUAAUGCCUUCGGUCCUUUAAAAAGAAGGCAUCACUGUAGAAAUUGUGGUAAUAUAUUUUGUCACGAUUGCUCAUCCCGUAAGGUCCCGUUACCACAACUAGGGGACGGAACAAAGCCAGUUCGAGUAUGCAACGGUUGCUUUGAUGUAGCUUAUUUAGUUACAUAUGCUAUUGAUGAAGAUCAUGGUAUUUCCACACAGAUUCAUGGUGUCCGAGGACUACUUGAAUUAACCGAAAAGGAUGACGAAAAGGAUUUACACAAUAUGGUUGCGUACGGUGGAGUGGAUGCCCUUAUAUGGCUUUGCCGUUCCUCUAAAAGUAUCAAGCUGCAUCACUUGACAACGACAAUUCUAGCCAUGCUUGCAGAGAAAGAAUCUAUUCGACCUGUCAUCAUUACCAAAUGGGCUUUACCUCCUUUACUCCACCUUAUUCGCUAUUAUACUAAUACCGAAAUCCUGCUCAAAAAAUCCCCGACCAGUUCUAUACGUUCAAAUAGCAGUAAUCCGUUGGACGACAUUGCAACUACCGAAACUAGACAGAGCAUCAUUCUGGAAAUCAUUAUCAAUUGUACCCAUAUAUUAUAUCAACUUUCUAGAGCGGGCAUCUUCAGUCAAAAAGAGGUUGUAACAGAAGGGGUAUUCGAUACUUUGUUUACACUGGCUUCUUUUGACCAUACACAAUCGGAUGCGACCAACGAGGAACAACAACAGAUUAAUGAGCGGUUGGCUAUCAUUCAAAAUCUGGCCGCAAAGUCUAUUUCUGCCAUCAGCUCCUUGGUCGCAUUUCAAGCAAGUAUUAUCGAGCUUAUUCAAGGAACUCCCAAACUUUCCAGUUUACUGAGAUCUUCUAAUGACGAUGUGCGUAAAUACAUUGCCAAAACUAUCGCCUAUCUGUCUCUUCGAAAUGAUAAGUAUAAACCCAAUUUACUUUGCGGUGAUGGAUCUCGUGCUCUAGUAUCUAUCCUUGUUGUUUUACCUCAAAAAGAACCGAGCGACAAGAAAACCAGAAUGAAAGAUCUCGAGUAUUAUUUGUCACAAGAUAUUCAAGACGAUCUGUACACAGAAAUUACUUCGAUAAAGGAAGAUUAUCACCUCAACUCUGCAGCGGUAUCUCAUACUUGCUGUGCAUUAGCUAAUUUUGCUACCAACAAUGAAUCACAGGUCAAUUUGAUGGCACAGCCUCGUUUUUUACAAUACCUUUGUAAUGUACCCGCUAUCUUUUCAGAACAUGCGGAAAUACAUCGUCAUGUUGCAAGGUGUUUGGCUAAUCUUGCGCUUUAUGAGGAAAACAAUAGAUCGAUGCUCACUAGUCAAAACGGCAAAGAUGAUAAUAAGGACGCAUACAAUGUACUACCCACGUUGCUCUUUAUGGGAAAAUCAGACUCAGAGACCCAUAUUGUUCAAAGACAUAUUGUGCGUGCCAUUGACAAUCUCAAUUCAAAUUUUCGUCCCAAAAAUGGUCGCUGGAAAGGACUAUUUAAUGAAGCUUGCGUAUACAUUCGAAAAGUACUGGAUAACUACGACGGCAAUGAAAAGGAUCUGGAUACGAUUAAGAGAGCCAAGAGUAUUCUGGCCAGAGAAAAAUUAGAAAACGAGCAUCAUCCAACUGUCAAAGCUGUAGUGUCAGCCAUUGAAAAUACUCCUCCUGUAACAACACCAGCACCGACACAGGUAUCAACAUCGGUCAUAGAGCAAACGAAAAAUAGGGUAGAACAGGAAGAUGCUUCCUCAUCACCACCGACCUCAGAAGAUGAAGCUGCUGUUGUACAAGAGGACGCAUACGAUCUCCAAACACUGAUUACCACACCAGUUUCUACCUCAAACGAAGAAGAAACAGAUGAGCCGAAAGCAUCUCCCCCACCUGCGACAAAAAAUAAAAGAAAAUCCAAGAAAAAUAAAAAGUGGGAGUAAGCUGUCCACUGUUCACUAUUUUUUUUUUUUUUUUUUUUUUU